AUGGCUACAGCAAAGGAAGGUAGCCAAGAAUUCGGCGAAAAUGCCAGAGAUUUCCUUGAGCAAGAGUUUCACGUUGAUGACGGCCUCAAAUCCUUUGCGAACCCAGAGGAACCGAUAACUACAGUCAAGAAUGCGCAAGCCACCUGUGCAUCCGCCAACCUUCGACUUCAUAAGUUUGUUAGCAACAACAAGGUCGUCCUGGAGGCAAUAUCGAACGGAGAUCGUGCGAAUGACCUAAAAGAUUUAGAUCUACGUCACGACGCUUUACCAAUCCAACGUUCCUUGGGAACCUACUGGUGCAUCGAGUCCGAUACCCUGGGAUUCCGAAUACAGAUCAAGGACAAACCCUGUACACGCCGUGGUAUGCUGUCUACAGUGUGUUCGGUAUACGAUCCGCUCGGAAUAGUGGCGCCAGUAAUUCUAAUUGGAAGACAAAUACUUCAGGAUUUAUGUCGAGACAACUAUGGCUGGGCCGAUCCUGUUCCAAACGAGCUCCUCAGCCGUUGGGAAAAAUGGAGAUCCGACCUUCACCUAAUCGAGCAACUAAAGUUACCUAGAUGUGUCAAACCAACUGGCUCUGGAAAACCUACCAAAAUUGAAAUACAUAGUUUCUCUGAUGCAAGCGAUGUAGUAAUUGGACAAGUUUCAAAUCUACGCUUGACAAAUGCCGAAGGUCAAAUACGCGUGAGUUUUCUCAUGGGAAAGGCACGCGUGGCUCCCUUGAAGUUGAUGUCAACCCCCAAAAUGUAACUCACAGCGGCCGUAGUAUCAAUAAAUGUUUCCAGCAUGCUCAUGUUAUAAAGAGACCGAAGAGUUCUACCAUACCGACUCCACAGUAGUUCUCGGGUACAUCAACAAUGAAGCAAGAAGGUUCCACACUUAUGUCGGAAAUCGAGUGCAGUACAUCCGUGACAGAUCAAAACCUGAACAGUGGCGACACGUUGCUGGAGAACUUAAUCCAGCAGACGAAGAUUCACGUGGUCUUACAGCGACAGAAUUGCUACAGAAUUCCCGUUGGUUCGUCGGUCCCGAGUUUCUGUGGCAAGAAACCGAGCAGACCCACCCACAACUCAGAGUCGAGCUAGAUCCCAACGACCAAGACGUCAGGAAGGAAGUGACCACAGUGCUAACCACCCAACAAGUCAGGAGAGAUUUCCCAAAGGUCCUUGAAGCAGACCGUUUCAAACACUCCUCUUCCUUCUAUCGAUUAAAGCGAAGCAUCGUAUGCAUGCAGCGAAUGAUCGAAAGAAAACGAUCUGACAAACAAUACAAUUGGAGAAUACAAGAAGGACCACCAACUGUUAGAGAGCUUGAAGAAGCGGAGAAAUCAAUCUUGAAAUCUAUUCAGUACAAACAUUUUUCUGCCGAGGUUGAUGAUAUGCAAAGGCUAGCCGGUAACGAGUACAUCUCUCAAGAUAGACAAUCCGCCAAAGUGAGGAACUCCGCUUUGAAACGUACGUCAAGUUUGCACAAGUUGGAUCCCUUCCUAGACGGUGAAGGUAUUCUCAGAGUCGGCGGCAGGCUAAAAAAUGCAACAACGCCUUACGAAGUUAAAUACCCUGUACUCAUCCCCAAGAACGACUACGUGACAAACCUGCUGAUACGACACCGUCACGUUGCCCAGAAACACCAAGGAUACGGUAUAACCCACAACGGAAUAAGACAAGCAGGAUACUGGGUCAUUAACGGACGUACAGUAAUAUCACACGCCAUCCAUGGCUGCGUCACGUGUCGAAGAUUACAAGGCAAGUCCAUAGAACAGAAAAUGGCAGACCUACCAAGCGAACGUGUAAAUCCUGCACCACCAUUUGCAUAUACCGGCAUGGAUGCUUUUGGCCCGUUUUUUAUUAAAGAAGGCAGAAAAAAGCUCAAGAGAUGGGGUAUCAUCUUCACGUGCUUAGCCUCUCGAGCAGUCCACCUAGAAACCCUCAAUUCGAUGAACACAGACUCAUUCUUAAACGCGUUAAGAAGAUUUAUUAGUCGACGUGGCAACGUACAAGAAUUACGAUCAGACCAAGGCACAAAUUUCAUUGGUGGAAGAAACGAAUUGACAGCAGUACUCGAAAGUCUCGAUAACGAUGCUAUCAAAGGAUUCCUCUCCAACAAAGGCUGCGAUUGGAUCAAAUGUGCGAUGAACGUGCCCUUGGCUUCUCGCAUGGGAGGUGCUUGGGAAAGACUUAUUCGUACUGUGCGCUCUGUGCUUUCAACACUUUUGUUUAGCCAUGGAACACAGCUCGACGAUGAGUCGUUAAGAACUCUGAUGACAGAGGCAGAGAGCGUGGUGAACAAUCGUCCAUUGACGGUGUGUAACUUGUUAGAGUCGGGAACGCACAUGUAAAUCUGACAUAAUCCUACAGCCACCAGGCGAAUUUACGAGACCAGACCUCUACAGCCGCAAGAGAUGGAGAAGAGUACAAUAUUUGACCAAUCAGUUUUGGCAAAGAUGGCGAAAAGAAUACAGCAACAUGCUACAGUGCGAAAGAAAAAAGUGGACACGUCAGCGCAGGAAUAGCAGAGUAGGGAUAUUGUCAUCGUGCGUGACGACGAUCUUGCCAGAAAUAACUGGCCACUUGGAAAAGUCGUAGAAGUCUAUCCCAGCGACGACGACCUCGUACGCAAAGUACGAAUCCUCGUAAGUCAUGGAGGUAAAUUGAGUCAUUUGGACAGACCUGUGCAUAAAUUGGUUCUUAUCGUUGCCCAAGAAGAUGGUGAAAAAGAGAACAUUUGA